AUGCAAGCUCAGGAGUUGGCAUUGGAGUUGUCAUUGGACCCCACUAGCGUGCAUGGAAACUCAAUCCGGCGUGGAAAACACCAGGGAGAGACAUUGGCUGGGCCAAAGCCAUUGCCUUCGAAUUUGCGAUUCAAAUCAUCAUCCCCAUCCUUCCCCGACGAACUCAUGUUCACAUUUACGGGGACAACAAAGAAAAUAACCGCUGUAAUUGUAAAUGCGUGGGCUUCCUUGACAAGGAAAGUUUACGGUUCAGGAUUAUUAGCUUUUCAUGCAUUUUGCAAUGCGAGAAACAUUUCAGAAGCGGAACACGCACCAGUGAAAUCCAUCACUUUAGCUUCCUUCAUAGCCACAAUGGCGGGAUUGUACUCUGGUAAAACAAUUUGUAACUAUGUUUAUGGAGUGCGCGCCUGGCACAUCCUACAUGGCUCACCAUGGAUCAUAAAUGAGCCCGAGAUUUUGGCGCUAUUGACAGUGUCCGUAACACUAACUCCAAUAUCAUCCAAACGCGCUCCCCAUCAACCAUUCACAAUAGAACACAUAUGCGAAGUACGAAAAGUGUUAGACCUAACCAAACCACUAGACGCAGCAUUUUUUGCUUGCUUGACCACAACAUUUUAUACAGCCUCUCGCCUGGGCGAGUUCACUAUUCCCUCCAUAAACCAAUUUGACAGCAAUCGACACGCAACCAUAGACGGAGUCUCAGAAGUAACCAACAGGAACGGUUUUAGAGUCAAAGCAUUUAUUCUUCCCAUUACCAAAACAGAAAAAGAACCCAUGUCGGUUUCAUGGGUGACACAGCAGGGACUUAGUGAUCCCGAGGAAGGGUGGCUCAACCACAUUAAAAUUAACAAUCCCGAUUCUUCCGACCACGCUCAAAACCUCCCUCACUUCUCAGGCCAUAGCCUUCGCAUCGGAGCCACACUUGAAUACCUCCUGAGAGGAGUUCCCUUCGAAGUGAUGAAAGCCAAGGGGAGAUGGAAGAGUAAUGCGUUCCUGAUUUAUUUGAGACGUUACGCACAAAUCCUUGCGCCAUAUAUUCAAGACAAACCGUCUUUACAUGCAGCUUUUGUACAUUUAACCUCACAAGAAGCACCCAUUAAUAACCCUUUAUUGCCGUCAAGGUAA